CAGCAACAGCAACAGCAGCAACAAAAACAAAAGCAACGACCGAUAGCACGACUUGUACCGCAACAACUGCCGCUACAACAAACACAACACAACACAACAAGCAAAGCACAAGCACAAGCACAAGCACAAGCACAGCAACACACAAUAGAAUAGAACACCCACAACACCAUGGGAUUGUUCCGAAGGCCCGGAAAGGGAAAGCAGGUCGAAGACGGGGGGGACGACACCCCCGUCCCAAAGGUGGACAAGGCCGUGGAAGAACAAGCCCAGGCGGUCAUGAAGGACAACCUCGAGAUCAUGAAGGACAUCGUCAUGAAGAUCCGCCACGAGGAGGGCUACGCCAAGCAGAUGUACGCCAACUGCCCCCGGCUCCAGCACAUGCUGGACAAGAACCCCGACCUGAGGCCCGUCUUCGAAGACCCCCGCCUCGUAAGGAUCAACUUCGAGACCGUCUACAAGGAGGCCGGGGGCGUCCUGCCGGAAGACGAGGAGGACGCGGCCAAGAAACAGGCCAAGAAAUCCCUCAUCGUCCGGAUCGCCAGCUCGCCCUUCUUCAAGUUCUUCAAGUUCCUCCUCUUCCUCAAGAAGUUCGUCGGCUGCAUCGCCGGCGGGGGCGUCGCCGCCAUCGGCGGCUGCGUGGCCUGCUGCACCGACUGCUGCACGGAGUGCUGCUGCGAGGACGCCGUCGAGGAAAUGUUCGACGAGGACGCCUCCCUCGACGACCUCUCGCUCGACGGGGCCGAACUCGACCCGAACAGCCAGCAACUCAACAACGUGGCCGAGUACAUGGAGGACCCGGACGUCCAGGAGCAGAUCCAGCGCCUCCUGGAGGACCCGGAGAACCUCCAGGAGGCCAUCGACAACGACGUCGAGCUCCGGGCCCUCCGGGACUCGAACCCCCUCUGCGCCGAGCUCAUGUCGGAYCCGGACACGAUGAAGAUCAUGUGCGACCCGGACAACCUCCGGGCGCUCGGGGAGGCCCCCUCCCUCAUCGAGCUCGACUUUGCCGACCCGGGCGGCUUUGUCCCCGAGGCGGACUUUAUCGACAUCGAGACCGGGGGGCCGGACAUGGACUUUGACCUGGAGAUGCCCGAGAUCGACGGCGGCGGCGGCGGGGACCUCCAGGCCUUUGACGUGGACUUUGAGGCGAACGAGAUCGAGUUCGACAUGGACAUGGACAUGGACAUGGAUGGAGACAUGGACAUGGACAUGGAUGGAGACAUGGACGGAGACCUCGAGGCGGGCGACAUGGACGGAGACAUGGAGGAAGGCGGAUGGGAAGAAGAGAUCGAAAUCGAGGAACAGGACUUCGACGAUAUAUCGGUCGGAGAUGACAGCGUCAACCUCCAGCAGAACGAGGAUGAAAACGACCUCGAAGCCGAGGAGGAAGAAGAUGACGACGAUGGCGGAUGGGAGGAAGACAUCGAGUUCGAGGAACAGGAGCUCGACGCCGACGGAACGGACGCCGACGCCGCCAAGGGAAAGGGAAAGGGAAGCGCCAAGAACCAGCAAAAGUCCCAGGCCCAGGAGCAGGCCGCCAAGAAGGGCGGAAUGAAGGGCAUCAUGGCCUCGAUCGGCGUCGCCGCGACGGACCUCAUCGCGUCCCAGAUCGUGGGACAGAUCUUCGGCGACGGAAUCAUGCCCGGAGACCUCAUGGGGGGCGGGAACGACGUCGACCUCGGGGGAAUCGAGGACGCCGCCGACCAGGCCGGGGACGUGGUCAACGACGACGUGGCCGACCUCGCGGAGGACACCGUCGACGAGGUCAGCGACGAAAAGAAGGACGCCAAGGCCGCCGCCCUGGCCGAGCUGGAACGGCAGAGGGGCUCCUCGAGCGACAUGUACGAUUCCACGGGCCGCAAGAUCAGGGCCGCGGCCCUGCCCCUGGGGGCCGGCGCCGCGGCGGUGGGGGUCGGUGCGGGCCUACACGCGGCCAAGAAGAAGCCGUCCUCGCUGCUGGGACCGCGGACGGACGCGGCCGCCGGGGGCGCCGACGACGACAGCUUUGCCAGCAUCCAGAGCGGCGAGGAAGACGAGUUCGAGGACGAGGAAGUCUCCGGGGACGAAGAGGAAGAGGAGGAAGAGACCAAGAGAAAGACCGGCAAGAAGACCAAGAAACUCUUUGGUGCCAUCAAGAACAUUGCUUCCGCUACCGUUACCGCCGCAAAGGAGACGGUGGUCAGUGCGAUUGUCGGAGACGAUCUCGGAGAACUGCUGGUGGAAAAGCAAGAGGAAGCAGCGGAAGGGAGCGACAGCGAAGACGGCAGCGACGACGAGGACAAGGAGGAAAAYGACGACGACGACGACGACGACAAGAAGAAGAGCAAGAACCAAGGCAAGAAGGACAGGGGCAACGAGGACGACUUUUUCGAGGACGAAGAAACCGAAGAACUGUUGCCAAAGAGGAGCAAGCGCUCAUUSCUGCGAAAGAGAUGAUCCGAGAGGAGGCAACAGCRACUUGGUCAGAGACGAUUUCUUUCCUGAUACUACUACACCAUCAAUCAAUACUAUCUGUACAUUACUCUGUCACGAUGRUGUGUUUACUAUUACUAUUAUUUGUUGCUACGUACUUCUAUUAUGUACGACAAAGAGAGGGGUAUUCACUUACUACCGUACCGUAUGUACGUAUGGCACCGUAGUACACGUAGUUAUAUGACACUAAAGAGCAUACAUACCU